GUUCUUGUUUAUUAGUUAGUUAACAAAAUUAUUCAGCUACAUCCUCCCCUUUCUAAUAAUGCUCUGAUAUAUUGUUUGUGCAGGUGGUGAUCACUGCCGGGCCAUGGUUAUGUCGGCGCUGUUGACCAUCUGAACAUUUGACAGUUAUUAUUUAUUUACAAGAUUUAAUAGUCACAUACAUACAAUGGCCCCUGAGGAAUUCCUGCGCCGCGCAGUGUUGAAUACAAUAGUUCCCUAUGCCACUCAAGUCAAUCUUGAAGACGCCCUGAACUCCUCAAUCCAGGAGAAUGCCGAAGAUGCCCCGUCCCUCCUACCUACAAUCCGCCAACGCUCUCUUCUCUUCUUCGAUGAAAUCCUCCCUGUAUAUAUUGUCCUACGCCUUACGAACUGCUCGGGGCAUGCUUUGAAAUCCCAACUCCCUCGCUUGACCGUCCAGCUAGAGGCCUACGCCGCGAAUGGAGCUGAUGGCGAGGACGGCGAGAUCGAAGGUCCUCCUCAACAGCAACAACAAGCUAGAGACGUUAUAUUUUCUGGCACGGUGAGCGAAGACGAGGAUCCGCUGGUGGUGGUCAACGAAGUUGAAGAAGCAGGGGAUGUGGUAAACCAUAUCUAUGUCAUAUGGAAAUUGGAUACUGUCCUCAAUCGUCCACGAGUCCGGCUCCAGCAUCCAUAUGUCACGUUCAGCGCCUCUGCAACCCUACGCCCCUUAAAUAUCUCGUCUGGAGACGACGAAGAUGAGUAUCUACCAAGUGGUAUAUCGGGGUCUGUCAAUGUUUUCCAAUCCCUAGUCGAAAAUGUCCCUCAAGGACAGUCCAACCCACAACCGUUCCUCCCCGCAUCGAGGCUGCUACGGGUGGUUCCAGCUGCGCAGGAGGAAGCAUCAUCGUACCGUGUGCGACAAAUAAAACAACGGCCGUUCCGCAUCAUCCCCAUUGCCAGUGCGCGAAUCCGGUAUUCCCGCCUAAAUACCUAUUCCAGCAAACCCACGACUAUCGCCAGCCUCGACUUUGAGGUGACACCCUUUACGAAUUUCGACGUCAUCCUAGAGAAAACGGAACUGACCCUCCUCGACGGCCAGGUCGAAAGCCUAACAACUGACAACGGAUAUGCUCUUCCAGUAACCUGCCGUCCAGGGGAUGACAUGACGCUGGUAUAUAAACUCACCCCAGUGCCUGGAAUGGAGGCCACCUCAUCCACCACCGCGGUCGUUUACGUUUUAGAUAUCUCCCUGGGAGCAACGAUAUGCGUGUCGGAUGAAUGCCGACCCAGAAUAUCCAUGAAAUGGCGCACCAACGUCGACUUCUCCUUCCCUCUCAAUCCAACCUUCGGUGGGCCCAGCCAAGUCCUCCAACGAAGCAACCGCCCCACCAGCCUUCCCAUGACCCCAAGCCAGAGUGGCGGCGGUGGCGGCGGUACCACUCCAGCGGCAGCCUAUGCAGCCAGCGCGGCAGCGCUAGCUACGAAUAAACGCUCUACCUACAUAUCCACCACCGACAUUGGCGUGACCAUCUCCUUCUCGGGACCCAGUAGCGUCGAAGUCGGGAAGCCGUUCCACUGGGACGUAUUCAUCGUCAACCGGUCGGAGAAAGCGAAGAAAUUUGCCAUGGCAGCCGUGCCGCGGAGGAAGCGGGCGGAUGUGCGUAGUAGUAGACAUAUUUCUCGGCCGUCGGCGUCGUCUGUGUCGUGUGGGCGCCGCGACGAGCAGAUUGCGGAGGCCGUGACGGAUGAGAAUAUUGUAUAUGCGAUGCAGAAGAACGCAAUUCCGUAUGAUACGGAGUUGAUAUGUUUAAGUACGGACAUUAGAGUUGGCCCUCUUUACCCCGGUACAUGCCACUCGACAGAGCUGAAGCUGCUCCCGCUAGCGGCAGGCGUGCUGCAUGUUGAAGCCGUCCGGCUGGUGGAUUUGAACACCAACGAGGCACUGGAUAUAAGAGACUUGCCAGAUAUUGUAUCGUUUGAUAGACCGGCGAAGUAGCAAUACUUUGUGUGACUUUCUUGCUCACCACCCGAAUUUAUGUAGAUAGAAAGAACAUAUCACGUAACUAUGCUGCACAGCCAAGUGUAUAUAUACGAAGUUGAAUGCGACCACUAACGACCAGGUAUAAACUGAUCUACUUUUUGGCCAAGGCAUAGAAAAUACAAGACAUAAUAAGGCCCUUUACAUUGUUUGGAAUAUGAUCGGCCUGGCGCUUAACUAGUCGUAUUCUUCUGGGGUUUUGUACGUUACAUAUAGUACCUAGUAGGCGCGGCGCGGCGCGGGAACUGUGGGAUACUUCACACCUCCGGAAAUAGAAGAAGGAUAGGCACUAUGGAAUUAAUUAUUAAAAAAAUAAAAUGAAGGCAAAUACUUAAGAGAACAUAAGAAAG